AACUGCAAAUAAGCAAUCCUUGAUUACAACAGGAUAGGGCCUUGCAACAGGGCGGCUCGCGCGCGCGUGUGCGUGGAAGCUGUCGAAGCGAGGGGAUUUGCUUUUCAGAGUUGUUGGAGGAUAGAUGAAGUUGCCUUAGAUGAAGUAAUCUACAGAUAUUGGUAUAUCUGUCUGCAUUUUAAGGCGCAGCAGACCGAGCCCACAGCAGUUUCAGCAGCAGCCUUUCAGCCGGCCGGCGCCAGCGGAGCAGCGCCGCUCCCACCCAGCUCACAGGUCAGCUCAGCGCCAUGGGUGGUGACGAUCGCAGUCGGGACCGCGACCGCGACCGGCGCCGCUCGCGCUCCAGGGACCGGGACCGCGACAGGCGCCGGCGCUCCCGGUCCCGCGACAAGCGCGACAGCCGGCGGGACCGCUCUCCGCGCGACGACCGCGGCGCCACGGCCGUCACCAAGCUGACGCGCAAGAAGCCGAGUAAGUACUGGGACGUGCCGCCGCCGGGCUUCGAGCACAUCUCGCCGGUACAGUACAAGGCGAUGCAGGCAGCCGGCCAGAUCCCGACCAACACGGCGCCCGACCCGCUCAACAGCUCCGUGGUGGGCUCGUCGGUGACGCGUCAGGCGCGCCGCCUCUACGUCGGCAACAUCCCCUUCGGCGUCACUGAGGAGGAGAUGAUGGAGUUUUUCAACCAGCAGAUGCAUCUGAGCGGCCUGGCGCAGGCGGCCGGUAGCCCAGUGCUCGCCUGUCAGAUUAACCUGGACAAAAACUUUGCCUUCCUCGAGUUCCGCUCCAUUGACGAGUGUACGCAGGCAGUGGCGUUUGACGGCAUCAACCUGAAGGGCCAGAGCCUGAAGAUCCGCCGGCCACACGACUACCAGCCGAUGCCGGGCCUGACGGACGGACCGGCCUCCUCAGUGCCGGGCGUGGUGGGUGUCAUCUCGACCGUGGUGCCCGACUCGCCGCACAAAAUCUUCUGCGGCGGCCUGCCCACCUAUCUCACCGAAGACCAGGUCAAGGAGCUGCUCAUGUCCUUCGGCCAGCUGCGCGCCUUCAACCUGGUCAAGGACUCGGGCACCGGCCUUAGUAAGGGCUUUGCGUUCUGCGAGUACGCUGACCUGUCGCUGACAGAGGUGGCGAUCCAGGGUCUGAACGGCAUGCAGCUGGGCGACAAGAAGCUGAUUGUUCAGCGCGCCAACGUCGGCUCCAAGAACUCGGGCAUGAUGGCGCCGGUACAGAUCCAGGUGCCGGGCCUGCAGCAGGUGUCGGGCGGCGCCGGCCCGGCCACUGAAGUCCUCUGUCUCCUCAACAUGGUCACUCCGGACGAGCUGCGCGACGACGAAGAGUACGAGGACAUCGUCGAGGACAUCAAGCUUGAAUGCAACAAGUACGGUGUGGUCAAGAGUAUCGAGAUCCCGCGUCCAAUCGACGGUGUGGAGGUGCCCGGUCUUGGCAAGGUGUUUGUCGAGUUCAAUUCCGUGCUCGACUGCCAGAAGGCGCAGCAGCAGCUGACGGGCCGCAAGUUCGCCAGUCGCGUGGUGGUCACUUCGUACGUCGAUCCCGAUCGCUACCACCGGCGCGACUUCUAAGCGGUAGUGGUCGCUCGCGGUGGCCGGGGGUGCUGCGUGGGAUGGCGGGCGGGAGAGGCACCCGUUUGGCGGCAGGCUGCGCCCUGGUCCAUCAGAGUAGGGUUUCUUUUGUCCAGGCCGCGAUGUCCAGGCCGGAGACCUGGUUGAAACAGCCACCCUACUUAGUGCUAGUGUGGAUAGUUGUGAAGUUGUCAGGAAUACUGGCCUUUAUUCAUAAGCGACUCAAUUAUAAUUGAGUCGAUAGCUACCUAACUAAUAAUUAUUAGUUAGGUAGCUAUGCUAAUCUUAAAGUCGCCUAUGAACAAAAGCCAUCGUGGAAAGUAGGGUUUUGUAAACUGUUCAGCGUGUUUCGUGUUCGUCCGGGGACGAUUUAAAUCGGCAUCCGAUAGGAUUGUUAUACCAAUGCUAAAUUUCCAACGAGGGUUGCUGCAGUCAGCACUCGAUCAUGUCAUCAAAAGGUAGUCGCUUCAUUUUUUCGGUUAUUGGGAUCGUUCGUAACUCGCUUACUUUGUAUUGAAAGGUCUGUAAUCCCUUCUUUUCAAUGUUUUGACAAUUCAUUUGUGUCAUGGUCGCAUGUUAAAGUAAAUGGAAUGAUGCGUCAAACGCAGUGCUUCGUGGCAUUGUUUUUAAGUAGCUAGCAUGUCUUUGAUAUUUUUUUUCUGAAUCUGAUCGGAAAGUAAUGAUCAUCGUUCACAUAUUUUGACGCGUUUACCUGUAUUAUGCCGACCAUUUUUUACUUCUCAAGGAAAGUUCAUGAACGAUGUACGCAGCCAAUAUACGUUUGAACACCCUAUGCAUUGAUGAAAUGUUCACAGUAAUGACCAACAAUGGAUUGCUCGUUAAUGUAAUUGGCAUCAUUCUUCGCUUUGUCUUCGAAAGAUCGUCACAAGGUCGUUUCUCUGGUGUAAAUUUUCAUAUAAUGUAGAUUUUCAUAUUAAUACUAGUGCUUCGAAAUUUCUGGCAGUUCUCAGUGACCUCGAAAAGUGAAUAGGUAACUUCAAAUCAUCGCUAAUUGCACAGAUUCAGGGCGUAAGAUCAGGUAAAUGGGUAAUUUCAAAUAUGUAACUGUGCAUUGCUCAGAUUCAAGGCGUAAGAUGAGGCGUAAAAUCACUGUAUCUCUCGAUGCUGUCUUUUGAUUUGCGGCCCACAUAUAGCUGAAUCAGUAUGGUGCAUGGGUAAGCCAUGGGCCAAAUAAAAUGGAGAGAGCUGAGCCGAGUGGUAUCGUCUACGCCAGGCAUGAAUAUUUUGCUAGAUGCCGGUAAGAUCACUGCUAGCAAUUAUUCUGUGUAUCCCCUCUUAUUUAUGUUGCAUGUGUAGCACUUCGUACGCUGAUGAAAAACUACACCUCCCAGGCAUUUCCUUCCUUGUUUCGCCUUCUGGUUUGAUCUUCAGCUGUAUCCAUCUUUCAGUCAGUGAUUAUCAAUUAUGAGACAGCGACACCCGCGCAAAAUCGCUGGAUAUACAUUAGCAACAGUUACUUUUUUCUUUCCUAAUAUUUUUCGUUAGGAUCAUUGCUGUUAAACUCGAGCUUAAAGUCGGUGUUGAUAUUUGUCUCUUCCGCAGUCAUAGGUCCUUUCUGUCUCAACUCUAUUUGACGACACUCCUGAUCUUGUGUUUGUUGCAUGAUAUCACACCGCAUUCCUUUAAUUCAUUUCAUCAUAAUUCAUAUGAUGUAACUGGCGGUACACUUUUAGCUUCUUAUCGUCCCACGUUCGUUGCAUCUUUCAUGUCCAUUUGUGUUUUGAUGCGUGUACAUUCAUCCUGCGUCGUCAUGGAUGGGCGACUUCUGUAUCCGACUGUUGUAAUGACUGGCUGCUCCUGCCUUCCGUUCCGCCUUUUUUCACAAUCCAGCAGGCUCAACUAGCAGCAAGUGAUGGCAGGACUCUUUGUAUUCUUGUCGACCUCCUAUCUGACCUUGUCGUUCUCUUCACUCGAUCCCUCCAAUCAGCUCUGCUUAUGAUGACCUACCUACUUCCCCUUCUAGUGUUAGCCUCCUAGUGGUUGACCUUUUGUCAGUCCUUACAGCCGCCCUGUCAAUCAUCCCUGGCUCGUCCUAACCAACCCGCUGACCCGCAGCCCAGUCGUCCCAGGAUCUCCCGUCCGUUUUUUUUUUAUUAUUAUUAUUAGGACUCCUAGAUCUUUUCUUCCUAGGUCGCCUGGGGAAUAUAUUUCGAUGGGAGCCACCUCCCCCAAGGCUGUGUACUGUGUCCCAUUUCUGUGGGACUGUGUAUCAUCCUCCCAGGGCUGUGGGACUGCGGGUGCGUGUACAUUCAUCCGGCGUCAUCAUGGGCGACUUAUGUAUCCGACUGUUGUAAUGACUGGCGACUCCUGCCUUCCGUUCCGCCUUUUUGGCCCAAUCCAGCAGGCUCAACUACAGCAGGCUCAACUCAACUCAACACUCUCAACAGCAAGCUCUUCUCAAUCCUGUGGGACUGUGUGUACCAGGGGUGUGGGACUGUCUGUGGGACUAUGUAACACCCUCCCAGCUCUGUGGGUCUGUCUGUGUGGGGGUGGGUCGGGCGGCGGCAUCGUUUCUCUGCCGCCAGGUCUGCUCACCGCCGGACCGUCUGUCUGUGUGCCACCAGGGCUCGCACGCGGCCGCGCUCCGAUGGCGGCCCUCACGGCCGGCCCCGCGCGCGGCGCCGCACUCGCCCUAGCCGCCGUCCGGCACAAUCCAGCCAACGGCGGUCUGGCUCUGCGAUUCUGCUGGCGACAGCUUGCCAUUCACAACAGAACCCUGCACCUCUGCUCCGUGAGCGCCCUGAGUGCUCGGCGCCCAUCAGCCGAACCACUAGUAUCUCUGACAGCCACCAGGUGGCUGCCACGCGGUCCCAUCUCGCCGCUAUCGUCCCGCCUGUCUAUAUUCGAGAUGGCGAGUGCCGGCGCGCGACCGUUGGCCACCUCCUCAUCUCACCAUGUGAGGAAGACCAGCUCUCUGACGGACAAGGGCGACGAUCCUCCGCCGGAGAAGCCGAGCAUCUUCAAACGGUUCAAGCAGAUGUACAAGGACUACUGGUAUGUGCUGGUUCCCGUCCAUCUGGCAACGUCAGCAGUCUGGUUCGGCUCCUUCUAUUACGCCUCGAAAAGUGGUAUCGACGUGGCCGGCAUCCUCGAAUCGUGGGGUUUCAGUCAGACCAUCACAGACAAACUGCGUAACUCGGCCGCUGGACACAUCGCCGUGGCGUACGCGCUCUACAAGCUGGCCACGCCGGCACGGUACACCGUCACACUGGGUGGCACUACCUACUCCAUAAAGUUCCUCAGUGAGCGAGGCUACAUCAAGCCGGUACCGUCGCGACAAGAGAUGAGAGACAUGUACCAGGACCGACGAGAGGAAUUCCGCGAACAGAGUCGCGAGUGGCGCGAAAAAUAUAUGGAGAGACGACGCGAGUGGCGCGAAAAGUUUCAAGAACGGCGGAAACACGGAUGGAGGAAGAAGUGAGCCAGCAGGCCCAUCCCGCGCGCCGAUAUACGCGACUUCGCAGUAUGACCAUGUCGUACAUACCUUAUGCGAGUAAUCGCCGCGCUCUUUUCGUGCUCACUGCCAGGCAGGAAGAAGUCGAUAUUUUGAACAGUGCGGUCUGACCUCAAUGGAAAUGACAGGACGUAUGCCUGAUGUUAAUUUUUGCUAUAAUUUAGCGCCAGUCGGUCGCACUGUGCGUCCGUUAGUUCGAUAAUGUGAUAGCUUGUCUGCGCCCCAGCUGCUGGCCGGCAGACGUUUUGUUACGUCCGAUGGACAUUUUAUCGUAUGAUUGUGAGGCGCGUGCAUUGUGUGCAGUCCAAGGACGCGGCUUGAGAUGCUGGUUGUUGGGCCGCGGGGCUUUGGCACCUAUUUUCCAGGCUGUCCCGCGGCCGGCGUGUGAGGCAACUCUGCUUGUUUUGAUUUACCAGUAUAACGUCCAAUACAAUGACGGGUGAUUUGACAGAUGGCUUUGUUAUCUCCAAUGCGCUCUGCUAUCGAACAUUUGGCAAUAUGGUAAACAAAUAUACCCGAUCGUAAGGUA